AUGCUUGUUGUUCAACGCGGUCAAUCCUUCAUUGUCAAGGGCUUCAGUGGUGGCGACAUCAUCAGUGUCGGUGAGCUGACAAUGGGUCCAGCACAGAGCCCUGAUGUGGACCUGUUGAGCACUCUGACAAUGGACGACAUGAAGGGUAUGCUCUCCCAGCUUUCGGUGAAGGUGUCCAACAUCUCCACCAAAGACCGCUUGGUUUCACACAUUGCCACCACAUGGGGGCAAAUCACCUCAUUGAGCCUAAGCAAGGGCUCAAUCCGCAAUCCUCCUGCCAACUCAAAGAUGACCUUGGUUAUCAUCAAGAACGACAACGGCGUUUGUCUGCUCAAGAUGCCCCGAGGUGCUGUCUAUGAGUUGGAGACCUUGAAGAAGCUGACGCCUUCCACUCCAACGAGAGAAGACCUCAACACCCUGACAUUGAGCCAGUUGAGGAGCUUGAUGCAGAACCUCGGGCACUUCAUCUCUGGAAAGUCCAAGGCGGGUGCCGUGGAAUACAUCUUGAAGAACUGGGAUGCCAUUGCCCCUCACCAUGCGGCUCGGAAUGAGCCCAUCGCCACCGAUGAGGAGGAUGAAGAGACCUCCGAAGAAGAGGAGUGUUGCUCUGGCACUGAGAAGGAUGAGGGCUCAGCUUCGUCAUCGGUCUUCAUCUGGACUGAGGCUCACGAGAAGCGGUUGAAGCUGAUGCGACAGCUCAACCCGCCCAAUGCCCUCAUCAAGGUCAAUCCGGAUGAGCUCUGGAUGUUGGAGGAUAUGAAGCGCUCCUACAUUGCCCAGACCAUGGGCAACAAGAAGGAAGACUUUGAAGAAAUCCACAUUGGCGUGACGGACGAUAUGAACCUUGACGGCGAGAAUAUCAAGAAGCUUGGCUUGGAAGUGCCGACCGCAUCGGGCUCUUUCAAGGUGUUCUAUGUCUAUGAGAUGAACAAGGCUCGUGGUGAAGACCUGCGCUUGGCAUUGGAGAAGUCCCUGAACAUUGACAUGACCCUCUUUGUCAUCAAGUUCAGCCGUAGCGCCUCCACCUUGAACGACUGGGAUGGCAUUGAUGCCUACUACACCGAUGAGGUCGUCUUCAAGCUCACUCCUGCGCUCCAUGGAGGGGGCAAGGGCACGAAGAAGGCCACCACCAAAUCCGCUGUGGCACAGGAGAAGGCCAAGGCCCUUGAAAAGUCCGUCAAGUCUAUCUUCAACGGCAUUGCCACCAACGAGGCCGACUUGAAGCAAUGCGUCGCCACUUGCGAUGGCAAGAUGUCCGCCUUCUACACCAAAGCAGAGGCGGACCCAAUCAACACCAUUCAGGCGUUGCUCACUGACCUUGAUGAGGACCUGCUCCAGAAUGCCUAUUCAGCAGUGUCGGCAGACACCGGUGGGUCUGCCGAAUACAAGUUGAAGAAAGCUAGCGCCUUUCUGUUCGGCAAGGAAAUGGUCGCCAUCAAGGACACCUCCCAGAUGACACAGGGCAUCCUUGAAGGCGCGGAGCUCACAAUCUGCUUGGCAUACAACUGGGCGCAGUCCAAGAGUGAGAAGUUUGGGAUGCCCCAGCUCCGCGAGAUGCUGAAAACUGAGUUGACCAAGCGCGUUGGUGCCCGUGAGGCACUCGCCAAAACGGCGGGUGCUGCCAAUAUGGCAUCGUGA